CCCACCCACAUCUCACACCACCUCCUCCUGCAACGACCACCACACGUCAAAGCAACUACCCAUUCUCUUCUCCCCCUUCUUCCUUCUUCCCCCAGUGCUUUUGCAUCUCACUUGCACCAGCAGAGAGAUAGAGAGGUCCCACUAGCAUUCAAGGCUACCCCCCAAAUCAAUCGCUAUCCCGAGAUCCCUUGGCAUCAACGACGUUCACGUUGUCGUAACGCUUCGAUCCCACUAGCUGGCCCGCAUCAACAUCCUUCUUGUCAAUCAACCCCAGUCACAUUUAUCAACAAACAUGUCAAAGGCAGCCACCACUGUCCCCUGCCAGUACAAGACGGGCAGAACGCUGGGAAGCGGCACUUACGCCGUUGUCAAGGAAUGCGUCCACAUCUCGACUGGCAAGUACUAUGCGUGCAAGGUUCUGAACAAGAAGUUCCUCACUGGGCGCGAGCACAUGGUCCGUAAUGAGAUCAACAUUCUCAAGAAGGUCUCGGCCGGCCACAAGAACAUUGUCCAGCUGCACGACUUCUUUGAGACAUCUCACAACCUUUACCUUGUCUUCGACCUGUGCACAGGUGGCGAGCUCUUUGACCGCAUCUGCGCCCGUGGAAGCUACUACGAGAAGGAUGCCGCCAACCUCGUGCGCACGAUCGUCUCAGCUGUCAAGUACCUCCACGACCAGGGCAUCGUCCACCGUGACUUGAAACCCGAGAACAUCCUCUUCAAGUCCAAGGCCGAGGAUGCCGACCUGAUGCUGGCUGACUUUGGCCUGUCCAAGGUGCUGGACGAGGAGCACUUCUCGAUCCUCACGACGACCUGUGGUACUCCUGGUUACAUGGCGCCCGAGAUCUUCAGGAAGGCUGGCCACGGCAAGCCUGUCGACAUCUGGGCUAUUGGUGUCAUUACCUACUUCCUUCUCUGCGGCUACACCCCCUUCGACCGUGACUCACAAUACGAGGAGAUGCAGGCCAUCUGCAACGGUGACUACAAGUUUGCUCCUCCUGAGUACUGGGCCGGUGUCUCGGAGACUGCGCGGGACUUUGUUCGCGCCUGUCUUACUGUCGACCCCACGAACCGUCCGACGGCAGCACAGCUCCUCCAGCACAAGUGGCUGAGGACUGACGCCCCUCCGUUUGUCGCGGACCCCGAGAGCGAGAGCGGUGCGGCAGUCAACCUCCUGCCAACUGUCAAGAAGGCGUUCGACGCCAAGAAGACAUUCCGUCGCGCCGUGUUGGGUAUGAUGGCUGUUCACCGCCUUCAAGACAGCAGCCACGCUCACGGAGGUCUGGGGCCGAGCCCGGCCGAGAAGGAGAAGCUGCAGCAGGAGGUCGCCGCGUUCAAGAAGGAGGCCGAGGCAGACGAUGUCAACCAGUCUGGUGUUUUGGCGGCACCUGCCGUUGCGAACACUCCUCCACUCGCUACUCCCGCGCCUGCGAGCUGAAUUCAAUAGCCGCAUGGCGCCUAGAUGAAACACACACGUACGACAACCAUUCAUCGCCCGUGUUCCUCCCCUUCGAUUCCCUGACGCACAAUGCUGCCGGCGAGGACAGCAAGGGUGGUGUGGUGGUGGACGUAGUGUUGGGCGGAUGCACUGGGGUUUUGAUUGGCACGGAGUGUUGCGUCUGGUUUACUUCCUGAGGCGUGGGAGGCCGAUAAUCAAAGUUGAAUGGGGGUGCUUAGGCGUUUUAAAGUGUCGGACAUGUGGUCACCCGUGAGCUAGACGCUCGAUCGGCGUGCGUAGUCGGGGUUGACUGGGGGAUGUGGGUCCGCGUGCGCAGCACGGAGUAUAGGAGCGGAGCAGGAGCCCGAGGUGCAGGCGCAGCUGCAGGUGGAGUCGCAGCGCCGGCCGAUGGCGGACCGACGGCGGACUCGUCUCUGGCCGCUGGGCUCCGUUGCGCGUUGCGCGUGCCGCGGGGCGAUUGUUUAGGGGUGGGCAAAGAUGGGUGGGUGCCUUUGUCGUCGCUGUGAUCAGAAUGCAUAACGCCAAAUGACUUGUCACGGGGCGGGCGAUGCGACGCUGCGAUGCGACGGGGUCGUUGCCAGCAGCCGUAGCCGUAGCCGUGCCGCGUGCCGCUUGUGCCAUGUUAUGUUAUGCCAUGUGCCGUGUGAUGUGAGCGUGGUGUGUGUCACACGGCCGAGACAGCACUACCAGCCGAGCCAAGUGGCCGAGCUGGCCGGGCGGCGUGGUGGGCAAGAGGUGUGGAUGACGACGCGGUGCAUCAUGAUGAGGAGGAUGAUGAUGAUGCGCAUGGAUCGGUGGACCCGAC